GUUUCGCUGUGUUCGCAAGACGUUGAAUAAAUUUUCUCAGAUGGCGUCUGCGGUCAUCUCACUUGUGCUUGCGGUUGCCCUUGCUGUGCCACCAACACAAGGCACUUCCUUCUACGACCUCCCUGCCCAGCAUACAAUACAACAAGUCCAAGUGGUAACUCGCAAUGGACUCAGCGCUCCGGACAAAGUUUUUACCGAUGACUACGGCAACGAAACGCAGCUCUGGCAGCACGGCCCGGGGCAGCUGCUUGACGAAGGCUUGCGGCAGCACGACAACUUGGGCAGGUGGCUGAGGCGACGAUAUGGCGCGAUACUGGACGCGUUCCCUAACGCGUCGCAGAUUUGGGCCGUAAGCAAACCAUCAGACAAUAUGAUCGAGUCUGCCCUGGCUAAUCUUGCUGCUAUUUUCUUUAGAUCGCGUUCUCCUUAUCUAUGUCCCCCUUAA